CGUCGCUGCUGCGUGGGCCUCAGCGAAAAGCUUCUUCGCACGCCCGCAACGGAACCGCCAUCGCCCGCCGACUGUCCUCUGCGCCCGCGACUCCCAACCCGUCUCUGCCGGCCGACGUGCUGUGCUUGCGCAUGUCUCGCCCCGUGUCCAAGCGAUGCUCGUCCGAUCCUUCAGCCGCCCUCGCAACGAUGAGAAGCCCCAGUAGCAAGCCGUAGCUCCCACGACACUGCGCCCGUCCGCCCGCCCCCGGAAAACUCGCAACCGUUCUCAUGCUUCCGAGCUGAACGUCGCUGCGAGACUUGUGCGUGCGCGCCCGUGUCUGCGAAUGAGACUAGCCUGACCACAAGGGAACAGCACAAAGGAUAGACACGAAGGAAGCAGGGAAACAAAGAACACAAACACGUCAAAGCAUAAACGGACAAUAGGCUUUUUCCGUACGUACCCACUCGUUCUCGGCCACCCUCACAAUCCGCACCGCGCCCGCAAGGCCACACACCUUCGCACAAACACGCACACUCGCACGCAUAGAAAACACACGCCGUCGCUUCCCUUUGCGAACCUCCGUCCGUCACGUAUGCGUACAGUCACAUGCGCGACGCCUCGUUUGCUUUGCUGACUCUGAGCGCGCUGCGAUUUGCAGGAUGAGCUGAACCACCAUCACGUAUACCACAAUGACCACCACACUCCACGGCACAUACGACAUGCCGCACACGACAGACCGACGUCUGACAGCGCCUGCGCGCAAGCGCUUCAACUGCUUCGUCGACGACACCGCCCUCAUUGCUGGUCUGAAGAAGAGCACGCGCGACGGUAUCAAGAAGUGGGUAAAUCACGGCGCCAUUCAAGUUUAUGUGCCUCUGCACACUCUCGAACGCCUGCGCUACCUCGCGCAGCAGACUGAUCGUCCAGGACGAGUGAGCAUUGAUGCGCGUGAGGCCAUUGACUGGCUCGAUAACAUCACAUCCGACUCAGACAACCCCGCCAGCAAGCUGGUGCAUCUGGAAGCUCCGUUGCAGAUGUUCGACAGCUGGGCCGAAGUCGAGAAGUUCAUGCUGCCCGAGACGCUUCUGUCUAUGGAGAGCGAGCAGCCCGAGGCUUCGGUCGCAGCAUCGUCAGCUGCAACGGCGGAAUGUAGCGACAGCAACCUAGCUGACAGCCUAGCUGACCUGCGCAUGGACGCCUUGCCGGACAACGCAUCCGUCAGCUCUCAGGGGAGCGUUGGGGCACGCACGUCGUCGCCCAUCUCCGUGUACUCAGCCACCAGUCCCGGGCUGCUAAUCGCUAGCCCAUUCCGUGAGCCAAAGGCAGUACAACCCAUUGGGCAUGGGCGGCCCAUGCACAGAAAAAACAACAGCAAUGUGUCCUCCACCUCGACAGAUCACACAAUCGUAACGAAGAAGCCGAAAGUGGUGCCACGCUCUCUGCAGCCGUUCUUCAACCACCUGCUCUGGCGAGUAAACCAGGGCACCAACUUCACCGAGACCAUGGACACGUAUAUACUUGUAACAAACGACCCCCUCAAGCAGCAGAUUGGUCAGCGCUUCGGUAUUCGCUGCAAGCGCCUCGAACAGCUGCGAGAGAUCAUCGCUCGCGAGGACAGGGAUCUUAAAAACAGGCAGCAGAUGCUGAAGAAGGAGAUCAGGAACCCGGCAGUGAGCAAAGAAGCUGAGGUGGGGGUGAAGACCCCAGCGAAGCGGCACGAUACCGCCAACGGCACGGAUGGCGCGCAUGAUCAGGAUGACGACGAGGAUGAGAUCGUGUUCAAACGACCACCGCCAAAGGCGCCGCAGGCUAUGAACGCUCAUGCGAACGGCAAGCACGUCUUCGACCCGAAUGUCUUUGGUGGUCGUGGACAGUACAUGUUUGCGCGCGGCGCGCGUGGCAUGUACCGCGGAGGUCGCGGAGGUGGAGGCUCAUCUGCCAACAAUCGUUCGUCAAACAACCAUCACAACAACAAUAAUGACAGACAUUUUCACCCACGCAAUGGUGGAGCUUCGACAACUCCCCGCCAGCUACAGCUUCAAGCAGCUACCCCCGUGGAUCUCACCAAGCCAAUCGAUCCAGAUUCGUACUCGCGUCCAGGAAGCACAAAGGGCAUGUCUCGUGGCGGCAGGCGCAGGCUGUGGGAGCCAACUUAGCAGUGGUCUUGCCGGCGGGAGUUACUUUACCGUGGCUCUCAAACGGAACCUUGAAGAAAGUAGAUCCUUACUUUUGAAAUCAUUGUCGAUGACGGAAAAGCGGAGGCUCUGGCUUGUCGUCGAUCGAUUUCGUAAUGGAUUUGAUGGACUACUCGUAGGCGAAGAGACACGCACGCGCGGAUUAUGAUGCCUGUAUGGAUUGCGGAAAAUCGACCGUCCAACACGGAAUCCUGAAAACGCACUCUCUUCUGCACUCCUUCUGCUCCUGGAACGAUUCGCUGCGCAUGGCGGAGACUGACGGGAUGGUGAUGCUUUGCACGGAUAUGAAGGAGCUAGAAGAGAGAAUGAAAGAAUCAUUCGUGCUGGCUUUCUACAACAUACGAAUCCUUUUUUUUUGGACAAGCGACAUGGAAAAUACGUUAAUGCUCUCGAGUCAUGGUGUGGAGAAUGGGGGAUGAUAAAGAUGGUUGGCGAGUGACAAAUCUGCAAAAAAUUGAAAACGAUGAAGUGGAUGAGGACGACGACGGCGCCGGUUGAUUCAGAAUGAUUAUUGCACACAUGCAGUCUUUUCCUUUCUCUCAUUUCUCAUGAUGCUUCGAAAGUACACCUUUUUUGGGGCAGGUAGCUGCAGCACCAGUGGUUUCCUCCUCAUUCUCUCUUUUCUCUCUUUAUCUCACCUACACACACAUAUAUACAUUCUCUCCGCUUGCUCUCGACACAUGUGACGAUAGAUGAUGUGACCCGGUCGAUCUUUGGGUGAUAAAGAAUGCGCUCAUGCUAGGUGCCCCUUGUAGCGGCGAUUAUGGUUCACGAAAGAAUAAGCGUCCUCAGUUGACGGAGCGUGCACCUGCUAUUCUCUGCUUUGAC